AUGUUUGGUAAAGUGAUUGUCUUAAUCAUGUCAAUAUUGAGUCUUCUUCUCAUUUACAAUUUCAUUAGGAUUUCACUUGUUUAUAAAAAUAGAUAAGAAGUCGAUCAAAUAUUAACAUACCUUAACAAAUACUUAACAAACACUUAUUAUGCUCCUCCAACCAAUCAUUCUGCAGUAUCAAUUGAAUUAUUAAUUGUUAGUAUAAUUCGAUUCUUGUGAAACCAGAAUUUGAUUAUUGCAAAAGGUCAGAUUUAUACAAAUUUUACCACCCUGAUGUUAUUAUGACAGACACUUAUACUUUUCGUGAAGCUAAAGGUGUGAUCAGAGAAGCCUUGAGAUCGUCAUAUUAUGAUUGUAUUCCAUAAAUGUACCACAAAUUAAGAAAUACUCAAAGUAAUCAUAAAUAAUAAUAAAAUAUUGCUAGCUUUGUCAAAACAUGUAUUACCAGAAUAAUUAACUUUACCAUUCACUUACUAUGAUUAAUUGAUACAUAAAUUUAAAGUUGGAUAAGGUAAUGAUCAUAUAAUAAAUAAUUAGCAUCUCUUUGCUUGUUCUAAAAAUAUAACCAUUUACCAUCAAGACACGUACUUUCUCAUAAAGACAACCUUAUGAAUAAUUAAUAUAAAUACAUUGAUUCUUUAAGAGAGAAAGGUGUUGAUUAAGAAUGUAUUAAUAAUGCAACCUUCAUUCCAAAAACCUAUCGUUUGUUUUAGAAAUAAGAUUGUAAAGAAUUUUUCGAUUAUUUGAAUUCUAAGGAAUAUUAAGAUAAAAUAGCUGAAGAAGGACCUUAAUUUAUAACAAAAGUAGGUUUAGAAGUUCAUAGAGGUAGAGGAAUUAAAGUGUUAUUUCCUGAAGAAACUAAAAAAUUAUAGGAAACUUAUAAAAAUGGAAAAAGAUGUGGUUUAGAUCAAUCUCUAUUAGUUGCUUAAUAAUAUAUUGGAAAUCCAAUGUUAUUCAAUAAUCAUAAGAUAGAAUUUAGAAUUUAUUGGGUUCUGGCUUCAACUAAUCCAAUAAUAGCUUAUGCAUAUGAUAAAACUUUAAUUAGAAGAUGUAUAGCUCCUUUUGAUAAAUUUUCUUUAAAUAAGGAGGCUCAUGUUUGUAAUACAGCUAUAGUAAAGAGUACACUUAAAUAGAGAGGAUCAGAUUUGGAUAUGGAUGAUGAAAAUGCUGAUGAAUCUGAAUUAUUUAUAGAUUGGAAAUUAGAUUAUUUACAAGAUUUAUUGUUUUAAUAAGGGAAAAUAAAAGAUAAGAAAUGGCUAUAGAAUUAUCUUUAUCCUACAGUUGAUAGAAUGAUUAUACAUGCUAUUAAAUCAGUGGAAGGAUAAAUAACAAGAGAUAGUAGAUUAGCAGAGUUCUUUGCUGCUGAUUUUAUUAUGACAGAUGAUCUUAAAAUUCAUAUAAUGGAAAUUAAUUAUAAUCCUUAAACAUUAAAGACUACACCUGCAAGAGAAAAAUAACAUACUAAAAUGACUUAAGAUAUGAUUGAUAUACAAAAUGCAUAUUUAAGAAGCAAAUAUUUGAGAUUUAAAAAAAUUAUUAUUAAAAUAUUAGCUAAAAUGAAAAAAGAAAAAAGAUAUCUCGAUUAAGUUAUCACACCAAAAAUUAUAGAUGAAAUAAAUGAAGCUUAUAAGGAUAAAUUAGAUUAAGGUAUAAAACUUAAAGAUGAUAACCUUUUCAGAUUAAUAAUGGAUGAAAAUUUACCUGGAACUAAAAAAUAUAAAGAUUUAAUUUAGACUAAAUGUUUAUGA